CAAGCCGCUGACGUCUUUCGAAUUCGAGACGAGCCUUCAGGCCGCGAGUUGGGUUGCCUCGCGGUGGCCGAGACUUCCCGAAAGCGUUUCAUUGGAAAGAAUGCUACAGAAGGAACGUAUGUCAGUCUCGUCCAUAAAUUUGCUGUUAUAGAAGAAUACACAAAAGUGUACACAACGACGGGAAGCUUUUACAAAUCUUUGCUGGAGAGUUUGAACUUCUCUUCAGUUAGAGAUGGCUGCUAUCCUUAACAGGAAAACCACACACAUAGAAAAUAAUACUGUACCGACUUUAUGUCCCAAAAACGCCGAUUUAAGGAUCAAGAUAUUAAUCCAUGUUUAGUGGAAACCGAUGCUUCUAGGAAGUGUUUGGAAGAGAAUCAAUCUGAUAAGAAUAUGUGUUCAGACUAUUUUUUAAAGUACAAAAAUUGCCGUAAAUUUUGGCAUGGGAUUAUGGUUCAAAGAAGACAAGAUGGAAUAAAACCACAUAUGCCUACAGCAGACGAGAGAAAAAGAAUCCUAGCUUCAUUGGGAGGGACACCAUAUUAACCUUACGGUUUUCUUAAUAUAAGAUGUACAGUGGUUUUACUGUAACAGUAUGUUUUAUUUUAUUUGGGAAAAAAAAUCGUUUCUUGAUACCCUUGUACUGUAUUCAUUUACAAAAACUAACCAAAGAAGAACCCUAAAAUUUUGAAUGUCUAAAGAGUGAAAUGCAUUGUUGUAUGGGAGAAACUUCCAGAAAUAAAUACAUUUUUCUAAUAAGGAUAUUUCAUGUGUUUUAUAUAUUUAUAAUAUAUAAUUUUAAUAUUUAUUAUACACACACAUAAAGUAAUCCAAAUGGAUUACAGAUAAAUAACGUUUUCAAAUGAAAUGGUUGAAAAAAUAGUAUGGGACUGAAUAUUCUCAUAGAUUUUAUUUCCCAGAACAAGACUUGGCUCAUUUUAGAUCAAUGUAUCAUGAGUGAUCAGUAAAUUUUAAUAUCCUGUUAUCUAAAAAAAAAAAUAAUUACUUUGUGGAAUAGUCUUCAGUAUAAUGUUGAUGGUUAUCUUCACUGUAACCAACCUACAGAUAUUUUUACUCUCAUCUUUAACCUCAAGUCUAUCAAUUCGAUAGUAUUAACUGUAAGAUUUUUAUCAACAAUAUCAUGUGUUUGGUAUAAAUCAGGGGCUUUCUCUAAAAGGUGCUGCACAGCAUUUUCCAGAAGUUUAAGAAGAACCUUCCACAUCUCCAGCAGACAUCAGUUUGUAACUUAUAUAUAAAUGUCAGUCUAGAUGGAAUCAAGAAUGAAUGACUGAGUUCAUCUUAAGUAUUAUUAUAUUUACUUUCUGGUUGUCAGGGCAUUCACUCUAUUUUUCAUAUCUGUUGUAUGGAGUCAUUCAGAAUAGCUUACUAAAUACAUUCAUUUCUGGCAAUAUUUUUAUUACUUCAGAAUAAAAAGGUUUAUGAACA